GAGAUCCCCUUGCACUGGGCUGCUCGAAGUGGUCAUGCGAAUGUGGUCGCUGUGUUGGCCAAUGAACGAGUCAGCGUGAACGCCUUGAAUAAGAACGGUGAAUCUUCCUUACUGAUCGCUUCACGUCACGGACAUCACGACGUAGUCCAUGUACUUCUGGAACGAGGGGCAAGUUCCAGUAUACAAGAUCAGUAUGGUGAUACGCCGUUACAUUGUGCCGCUUCGCACGGUCACUCUCGUCUGCUUCGCUUACUCUGCUCGUCUAAAUCGUCAGCACCGCUUCUGCUCAGAAAUCAGGUAUCCAACCACCACUGCCAUCUCUGA